AUGGAUGAGCUGUUACCUGGCUCGACUGCAAGCGCCACACCACACAACGCCAAACCACACAUCACUCAUACCACACGACACCACACCGUAUUCGUAAACAACAUUUCCGUUAAAAGCCGAAUGAUUAAUCAAUCAAAUGCUUGGAUAUUCGGCAGCGCCAUUAAUGCUUUUAAAAACAAUCCUGCCCCGAUGGUGACGUGGGCGAGCAGUCAAUCGUGGAGCGGCCACCUUCUGGACACAUCUUACCUGACCAAUCAGAACACGUGUAGGAACACAAGCGACUGUCCCAUUGGUGAGAACUUUUCGUGCAUGUACAUCUACGAGGGCUGCAACUACGGCACCUGCGUUUGCGACCCUGAACUGUCAAUCAUGGACAAAAACGGACACUGCAUCGCGCGUAGAAAUUCUAAACCUUCGUAUUUGUAUUUGAGAGUGACAAUUCCUAGCGAAUACAUCAAGAAAGACUUAACGCAAGCAGCUGAGCAAAUAGUGGAAAAAAUCGAGAAAAGAAAACUUUAA